AGAACAAUGGCGGAGGUGCCCGAAGAUCUGCAGAAUCUCAAGAAAUUGCAGACUCUUCGUUUCUGUGACAUGCCUGAAGCAUUCACAAUGAGCAUGCAGGAAGGACAUUCUAAGUAUUCCAUCAUCAAAGACAUACCCCAUAUGUUUUUCCGUAGCAGCGAGCUUGGAGUCAACGGAUAUAUCAACAACUCUCGUCAUCUUGCCAAUAUCAUGAAGAACAGAUACGGUAAUGAAAAUCCCGGGGUGAGCAACAUGAUCAGCAACAAUUUGGUUUCGAAAGGGAAGUUGCUAUUCUCAAAUGACAUAAAUGGAAUAGAUGACGAGUGGUUUUGGGUUACAGCACUGUUGAUGGCUGUUUUGGCUCUCCUCCUAGCUUUCGCAUCCAAUUAUCUGGAACAACAUUCUUUUCAGCUUUUCUGAUCGGGGAAAACUUUGCAAGCUUCACUCGUCACUGUUCUCAUAUGAACUCCUUUAUCAUUUUUCUUUGCUAUAGUUGGUCUGGGCUGUGUUUGUGUAAGUCUAUGUAUCAUAUUAUUAUUCUGUGUGGUGCGAUUUCUAGUGGAAUAAGUAGUAUUAUAUUGCUAAGAAGCAAGCAAACACAUCAUCAUUGUUAUAUAUAAAGUUACGUACGUUGUUUGAUAAUGUUUUUUAAGUUUGAUUGGGCUGCUGUAGAUGUUGUUCAACUCUGCUAUAAGGAUCAUUAUUGCGUGUGGUGUGAUUUCUAAUAGAAUAAGCAUUGCUGGGAAGCAAGCAGCUUUUAUCUUACAAA